CCACGUCGGUUCUCCAUGGGCCGUUGGGCGGCCCACGGUCCACAGCGGCCGGGCAUCCGAGUCACGCACCACGCUGUCCUCCUCCGUCGAACCACGUCACGCGUCCGACGUGCCUCUCUCCCAUUGGCCGGCGCCGCCAUGCGCCGGUCACGCGUCCCGUGCCGUCCGAUCACGCGCCCCCGCGCGCCAACCGACGGCCGCGAUCUCACCGGCCAGCGCUUCAAGUCUCUGCAGCCACUGACCGAGCUGCAGAGGGGGAAGAGGAAGCAAUUUGCAUCGGAGAUGGCGAGGGCAAGCGCCGUGGCGGCGGCGGUGGUGGCCCUGGCGGCCGUGCUCCUCAUCCUGGCCGCGCCCGCGGCGGGGGCGGCGGGGCAGAAGAAGCCGGCGACGGCGGCGAGGCGGGAGGACGUGCCGUACAUCCGGUGCCAGGUCUGCGAGCGGAUCGCUCGGGAGAUCUCCGCGCAGGUCGCCGCCAAGCAGCAGGCCCUCCCGCCCUCCAAGAAGGUGCCGGAGAUCGAGAUCAUCGACAUCGCGGAGAAUGUGUGCAACCUGAAGAAGCAGGAGGCGGACUGGAUGCUCCGGAUCGACAUCGUCGAGAAAGGCGACAGGCUCGAGCUUGUGGACCAAGAUGAGGAAGGGCAUUGUAAUUCUGAAUGCAAGACCAUUGAGCGUGCAUGCCAGGAGGUGAUGGGGUAUGCUGAUACCGAUGUUGCUGAGUUUGUCUACACAAAUAAGCCUUCAGUUGAUCAGCUUAUAAAGUUUGUCUGCAAAGAUAUAACGAAAGCAUGUGCUGCGAAUCCACCACCAGUUCCAAAAGACCGGGUUCCUGGAGAACCCUUUGCAGCAAAGCCAUCAAAGGAUGCUGAGAUGGAGAAGAUAAUGAGAUCAAUGGAGGGCAUGCCGGGAGCCCCAAACAUGAAGAUGUACUCUAGAGAUGAUUUGAUGAAGAACAACUUUGGGGUCGAAGGUGAUGAAGAUGAUGAAGAUGAGGAUGAAGACGAGGAUUAUAACUUACCCAAGAACUUGGGAAACAUUCUAAAAAACAAGGGUCCGCAAAAGAAAGACCUGAAGCAACAGGUCGUGAAACAGAUCAAGGAUACCGGCAAGAAACUGAAAGGGCAUGUGAGCAAGGUGUCCAAGGUGGUAAAGAAUUGGUGGAAGGGGAAGAAGAAUCCUGCAAAAUCAAGCAAAAGCGAGCUAUGAACACGGCAGCAUCCUCCAAUCGGUUCGGCGCAUCAACAUUCAGUUCAGAGCUUGGGUACAGAAUAGCUACAUAAACGUGCUACAAUGAUUUAAAGGCAUUUUUAGUGUACACUAGUAGAAAGAGGUGGACUCUGGAGCUGAAGGGGGAUGAUUCAUGAGAAGUUGUAGUACUUACUUUACAAGGUAGAUCAUGAAGUCCCAGUUGAUUUUUGGUGUAUGUAAACGCACGGCAAUGCCAUUAAGUUCGAUCA